AUGCAGGAAGCAUAUAGAAUCAAAACUUCUAAUAAAGUUCAAUUGGAAAACAAAUUUACAUAAAAAAAAGGUUAGCUAUUAGAAUCCAUAUAAAUCAUGAUUUCAUAAGUUUAAGAGGAACUAUAGGAAUCUAUACUUAAAGAUAAAUAGGAGGUUAUAAAUCAAAAAGCUAAAACAAUAGCUCUUUUGAAAUAAGCUGAUUCUAAAAAUGAUCUUAUACUUGAAUAAGAAACUAUCAUAUCUUAGUUAUUACUAAAAAUAUAAGAAUUAGAAAAAGUAUAGUUACCUCAAAAACAAAAUAAUAUAGAUUAAGAUUAGGUAGUCGAGCUUGAGUAAGAAGUGUUAUUACUUAAAGCAUUAUCAAAUAAACUUCGAUAAAAAGCUAAUCGAUUAUGCAGUUACUUUGUUUGUCUUCGAUUAUAUAAUGCAGAAUAAGGUUUAAAAAUUUAAUAAGAUGAUUUUGAUUAUAAUUUACUUGUAAUGCCAAAAAUUCCAGAUCAUUCUAGUUUGAUUUCCAGUUUAUAAGAAUCUGAAAGGAUUUUAAAAUAAAAAUUAGAAUAGCAAGUAUAAUGACAUUUAAUAAUAGGGAUAAUAAAAUUCAAGAGAUUUAGGUUGAGAAUGUUGAAUUAAAAAAAGAAAAUUAGAAUUUAAAAAGAUGUCUCAAAAGAUUCAAUGUAACCUCAAAUUUAGAUGCUUAAAAAUAACAAGCAUUAAUCUAAUAACUUGAAGAUUAAUUAAAUGAAUAAUAAUAGCUUAUAGCUGAUUAAUUUCAUAAAAUAAAAGUAUAUAUUUCAUAAUAAUUAAGCAAUAUGAAUAAUAAAAUCAAUGCAAAUAAUUAAACGAUUUUAUACUUAAAAAAAGAAAAGUUAAAAAUUAAUAACCUGUUUUCAAUUUAGAAUUAGUAAAGAGAAAACUUACUCUUGAUGUUUGGAGAUCUAGAGAUGAUAGUGUUUAUACUACAAUUGAACCUCGUAUUCAUUCAAAAACAGUUUAAUAUAAAUAUUGA